AUGUCUGUCAACGCAUCAAGUAUCCCUAAAGGCGAUUCUAUAGAAAAGAGCAAGCAGCUAAAAGAAAGAGGUAAUUAUUAUUUUUCUCAACAAAAUUACAAUGAUGCAAUAUCAUGUUAUACCCAAGCAAUAAAAUUGAAUUCUAAUGACUCUAUAUUUUAUUCUAACCGAGCCAGAUGUUAUUUAAAUUUAUUUCGCUAUGAAAACGCUUUAGAAGACGCCCAAGCUUCAAUCCAAUUGGAUUCAACAAAUAUCAAAGCUCAUAUAAUAGCUGUCAAGUCUCAAGCAAAUUUAGCAAAAUUCUCAUACGAUAUGGAAAAAAUUGAGAUUGCAUUAAAUCAAUGCAGAGCCGCUGUAUUAGUUGCGAAAAUAAUGGGAAGCAAAGACUUUAUAAAAAUCUGUAAAGAGCUUAAACAUAAAAUUAAAGCCUUGAAGUGAUGUGUGAGCAUAGAGCAUCAUAACCAGCAAGUACAUGAACUUUUAAAUUAUUAUGGCAGGAUGCCAGCACUAGAAAGCUCCUUGAAAAAAUACGUAAAGUAUAUUUCUACUCCAGAAAUCCCUGAAAGUUUAAAUUGUGCUAUAACUUUUGACCUUUUCAUUGAUCCUGUCACAAAUUCAACAGGGCAUAGCUAUGAAAGAGAAGCUAUUCAAGCUUAUAUGAAUGCAGGCAGACAUUAUAUUGACCCUAUUUCUCGUCAAGAAGCCUUAUGGAAUGUAUUAAUUCCCAAUAAAAAUAUGAAAGAUGCAGUCAAAUAUUAUGUAAAAACAGAAUUCCCAUGGGCAAGAAUUAGUCCAACUCCAAUAGAGUCUAGUGAAAUAAAUUUCUAG